UUCUCAUCUUCUUAUACUUGAUUAGAAGCCUUUGCGAGGCGUUGAUGUGACUCCCAUUGACUUUUCCCCUGCUCCAUCUAGACCGACCUGACUGCGCUACCGAGUAGCCCCAAGUAUGCACUUACCUACCCAACCGAGAAGCGUCGUCCGGACGGAAGACAUGGUGCGCCAGAAAGGUUCUCGGCCGCGCUGCCAGACAGUCAACUCAGCCCUUCCCUCCUGCCACAAGGAGUCGUCGAUGCUUGGUCAGGAUACACACUCAACCCGGAUCCGCAUGGGACAGUGAGCUCCCAUAACACGUUUGCAUGGCCAGGGACGAGCCUUGGCCCUCCGAAUCCAUUCCCGUAUCCGUCUGGAAGCCAAUAUCCCGGGAGCUCUGGGCCGGUUGCCCUGCGGCCGCAACUACCGCAACAGACGAACGGACUGGCUGCUGGUGCGUUUCGAUUCGAUGGCGAGCCGCACCCGCGGGUGGAUCCGGAUGCCGCCCUUCCCGCCUAUCACUUUCCCUUGGGGUCGCAUAUUCCUCCACCGAUGGAUCAGAUUGCCCCUGGAUACCUGGCCUAUCAGGCACCGUCAUCGAUACCAUCUGGCUGUCCGGGGCCGCAUGACCAACUCCCGGCCACCACCUGGCCCUGUUCGGCUUCUCUCCCUACACCGCCGCUUCUAUCCACCUCCAAUCCAGCCGUCCAAAACUUGACUUGCCAUGGGGACGAGUGCUUCAGCUCCUUAGUAGGGCUGCCAAGUCGUGGAAAUGGGCAACUGGAAGGCCGAGGAAGCUGUUAUCCGCCGAUCCAAGAAGCUUCGGUCAAUGCUGUCGCACCGGCAUCUGAUCAGAUCGAGGAUUAUUUUGCAACGGACGUUGCCGUUCUGAACGAACAUUACAUGCCUGGAGAGGUGCAGCAUUCCGUGCAAGAUGACAGCAGAGUAGCCGUCUCGCUCGAGGUUAGCGUGGCGGUGGAGCCCAAACCUGCCGACGAGCCGCAUAGCGAACUGAUGAAGUCACGGAAGAAGCGGGCUCGGUUUGAUGAGGGUUUACGGACUGAGACGUCCAACACUCGAAUUAUGGGCGCCUGUCUGCGGUGCCGCAACCAGCGUAUCCGCUGUGUUCCCAACAAGAACGAUAGCAAAAGCCCCUUGGCACCAUGCGAGACAUGUCUGAAAGUGCGAAGGGAUUCAAAGAAGACCAUCCACAACAUCCCUUGCUUGCGGGUCAAGGUGACGUCGAUGGAAAUAUACCGCCGUGGUGGACUAGGGCUUACGAAGCGGUUUGACCACACCAACGUCCUAGAUGUGUCUGACCACGUCGAUGAUGUAGUCUACGACAUCGAAAUUGCGCAAGGCAUCUGCCCCCACCCUCUGCGGCUCCGGGUUCGGCGUUUUAGGCCGCAACCCACAGACAUCACAUACCGGAGGUACAUGGACGAUGGAGUCCCAAAGAAGCAGCACAUUCCGGCCUUCUGUCUUGCGGACGUGAAGAGAACAGCCAGGGAGUUCAGCGAAUACAUCGACCGCUAUGCUCUUACCGGCCUUUCGGAAGCGGCGAGGGACUCCGACGACCUCAUCAGGGAGACGUUCCUUAUGCUCAUGGAGCAUUACAACUCGCUUAGUGUGAGACUGAUGAGGAUCCUAGGCUUUGCGCAUUUACUGAGGGUUUUACAAUAGGAAGACAUGAAAAUGGAAGAUGUCGGAAAUGCCCAGGAAGCGAAACAGAACACCGCAGGGCAGAAGGGCUUCUUGCAGAAGAUCAUCCGCCUUUGGUUUGCAAUGCGUAUGUUACCACAGAAAGAUGAGCUAUCCGGCUUUGCGAACUUACCAAGU